AUGGGUGACUUCAAAUACCCUGAUAUCUGUUGUGAGGACCAUUUGGCCGGCUCCAGCAAGUCAGCCAAUUUCUUGGCAGCAAUCAAUGACCUGUUCCUGUCACAGGUUGUCAAAGGACUGACUAGAGGUAAAGCCACUUUGGACUUAGUGCUUACCAAAGGGGAGGAUAUGGAUGCCAUCCCAGUUUCUAUCAAGGUUAAAUCAGGAGUGUCUCCCCCAUCGAUCCCACAAUACCCACUAUCAGUUGCUGCCUCCAGAGGCAUUGCUCCUGUAAUACAAGGUCUCCUAGAACAGGGUGUCCUUGUACCUACCUGUUCUUGUUGUAAUACCCCAAUCCUUCCAGUCCAAAAGAAGAAGUGUACACCUGAGGUGUUGCCUGUUUAUCAUUUUGUUCAAGAUUUGUGUGCUAUUAAGAAUUCUGUGAUUCCCUUGACAGCUGUGGUACCCAACCCAGCCACUGUACUUUCUCAAAUACCUGCUUCUGCUCUUUAUUUUUCUGUGGUGGAUCUCUGUAAUGCUUUUUUUUUUCUACCAGUUCACCCUGACUCUCAAGAUUUAUUUGCUUUUACUUACCAGCGCCAGCAAGACACCUUCACCUGUCUGCCUCAAGGAUUUCGUGACUCACCCACCACAUAUAGCCAACUUCUCAAGUCUGACCUCGAUACAGUCCAGUUGCCUCAUGAUUCUGUGCUAGUCCAAUACGUAGAUGAUUUGCUCCUCUACUCUGAUACCCUCCCUCAUUGCCAAGUUGACUCUGUCACUCUUUUAGAACAACUUGCAGCAGGGGGCCACAAAGCCUCCCGCUCUAAGCUCCAAUUCUGUCAGACUUCUGUUACCUAUCUGUGGUACACUAUUUCUCACGGUACCCAUCACCUGUCUCCUGAUUGUCUUUCUGCUGUUCUUUCCCUUCCAUACCCACAAACUAAACACCAACUUCAUGGUUUCCUAGGUGCUGCCAACUACUGCCGACAGUAG